AUGAACGGCACGGAGGGCCCCGAUUUCUACGUGCCCUUCUCCAACAUCACGGGCGUGGUGCGCAGUCCCUUUGAGCACCCACAGUACUACCUGGCUGAGCCCUGGCAGUUCUCCAUGCUGGCAGCGUACAUGUUCCUGCUCAUCGUGCUGGGCUUUCCCAUCAACUUCCUCACACUCUACGUCACCGUACAGCACAAGAAGCUACGCACGCCGCUCAACUACAUCCUGCUCAACUUGGCCGUGGCUGAUCUUUUCAUGGUCUUCGGAGGAUUCACCACCACGCUCUACACCUCACUGCACGGCUACUUCGUCUUUGGGCCCACGGGAUGCAACGCCGAGGGCUUCUUCGCCACACUGGGUGGUGAAAUCGCCCUGUGGUCCCUGGUGGUCCUGGCUAUUGAGCGAUAUGUAGUGGUCUGCAAGCCCAUGAGCAACUUCCGCUUCGGGGAGAACCAUGCCAUUAUGGGUGUGGUCUUCACCUGGGUCAUGGCGUUGGCCUGUGCUGCUCCUCCACUCGUCGGCUGGUCCAGGUACAUCCCCGAGGGCAUGCAGUGCUCGUGUGGGAUUGACUACUAUACGCUCAAGCCCGAGGUCAACAAUGAGUCCUUCGUCAUCUACAUGUUCGUGGUCCACUUCACCAUCCCGCUGAUCGUCAUCUUCUUCUGCUAUGGGCAGCUGGUUUUCACAGUCAAGGAGGCGGCUGCCCAGCAGCAGGAGUCAGCCACCACGCAGAAGGCAGAAAAGGAAGUCACCCGCAUGGUCAUCAUCAUGGUCAUCUUCUUCCUGAUCUGCUGGCUUCCUUACGCUGGUGUGGCCUUCUACAUCUUCACCCACCAAGGCUCCAACUUCGGCCCCAUCUUCAUGACCCUGCCGGCUUUCUUUGCCAAAAGCUCCUCCAUCUACAACCCGGUGAUUUACAUCAUGAUGAAUAAACAGUUCCGGAACUGCAUGCUCACUACCCUCUGCUGUGGCAAGAAUCCCCUGGGUGAUGAUGAGGCCUCUGCCACUGCCUCCAAGACGGAGACCAGCCAGGUGGCCCCAGCUUAAGCCUGGCCAGAGACUGUGGCUGACUGUAGGAGUCUCCUGUCCCAACCCACCCCAGCCACAGCCCCCACCAGGAGCAGCACCCGUUGGAAUGAGGUCAUGCGGACUCCCUCAGUGUUUUUUUUUUUUUUUUUCAUUGUUGUUAAUCGAUUUAUAAAAGAAAACUGAGGCUCCCCAAUCAACAGGAACAGCUCAAGAAAGGACAUCCAUCCACUAAGACCCCCAACCUGGAGUCCCCAGUUCCCAGGGGCCAGUGGGAUCUGUAACCCUUCCCUCUAGCUUGUCUCUCAAAAACAUGGCAAGUGUCCCAGCUUAGGGCUAAGUGUCUAGGACAGAAUGGAGCACACAGUAGCUGAUUAAUAAAUGGUAGCCGGAUGAAGGGAGGAAUGAGUCACUGAAUGAGUGGAAAUGUGUGUGAGAGGAUUGAUGAGGGGAACAUGUAUGUCCUCAGGUGCCCAACCUGGUAGAUCCAGUCAAUGUUUGGCUGGAAUCUAUAGGCAAUUGUUCUUACACCCCUCCCCUGGUUUUCUCCCCCAGUUCCCAUAUGGAAAUCCCAAAUCCCAGGCCCUGAUAGCAUUUGGCUGCUUCAAAGACAGAGAGAUGGAGACAGGGAGAGGGAAGGAAGGAGGGAGAGAGAGAGAGAAAGAGAGAGAAUGUGUGUGCCCGUAUGUGUGUGUGUGUGUGUAUGUGUGCAAAUACUUUGUAUAUAAACAGCACAGCUGGUAGUUGCAUUACAAAUAAUAUCAAUUAAUAGAAUUAAUUAACCAUCCUGUUAGUCUCUGCUUGUUAGUGACUGCUUGGGAAUUGGCUGGGCCCAAGCACUCAGUCAGGGUGUUUCCCCCAGCCCCAGUAGACUUUAACCAGUGACCUAGGCCUUCAGGCUGCACAGGGCUGGAUCUGGAUCACAGAGAUGGCAAUAACAGCAAUGUGGGUUACAGCCAUUAGGACUGAGAAAGCAUUGUGGCCAGGGCUCUCAGGCAGGGCCUGGGUCUUUCCUCCAGUGUGGCAUCCUUGGUUCAUGUCUUCCAAUCCUACUGGCCUGAGACCCAGCCCUUCUUCUUGACUUCUGGACACAUUUGCUCUCCCACACCAGCAACCAGGUAGCAACAGUUUCAGGCCAGUAUGGAGUUCUAGAAGCCAUGCUUAUCUGCCACCCUCAAGGAAUGGCUUAGUCCCUGAUGACAUCCUUGUUCGGAAGAGCUCAGAAACACAGUGUGAGACCUGGCCUGACCUCCUCCCUAAAGUGCUCAUGAAUCCAGUUCCUAGCUCCCUUGCUGCUUUCCUUAGCAUUUGGUGUUUUCUUCAUCCCAGAGAGUCUCGGGUUUGAGGUCAACAGGAACACUGGGGGCACCAGAACUGAGCAGCUUCAGUCUGCAUGCCUCCUCCUCAGAACCACAGCUGGGCCCCCAGCAGGUCCAGUUCUGCCUGGGGAUGGAGGCAAA